UUGGCUGCCUGCCUGCCUCCCUCCCUAGGCAUCUCUCUGCUCCGCCUUCGCGGCAGGCACCAUCGUCCACCACCCGCAGCCACGCCAUUCCCGCCUCCCCAAACCCCCUAUAAAACCCCUCACACACCCCGCCUACUCCUCUCGCACAACACAAGCAAGCUAAGCUCGAUCGCCCGCCCGCCCCCUUCGACCUUCGUCCAGCUCCACCACCACACAUCUCGGCAUCUCGCCUCUUCGGCCAUGGCCCGGCGGGUGUCCCUGCUGCAGCUGCUGCUGCUGGGCGCGCUGGCGGCCUGCUCGGCGGCGGCGGCGGCCAGCUUCGACCAGGAGUUCGACAUCACCUGGGGCGACGGCCGCGGCAAGAUCCAGGACGGCGGCCGCCUCCUCACGCUCACGCUCGACCGCACCUCCGGCUCCGGCUUCCAGUCCAGGCACGAGUACCUCUUCGGCAAGAUCGACAUGCAGCUCAAGCUCGUCCCCGGCAACUCCGCCGGCACCGUCACCGCCUACUACCUCUCCUCCCAGGGCAGCGCCCACGACGAGAUCGACUUCGAGUUCCUGGGCAACGUCUCCGGCGAGCCCUACACGCUGCACACCAACGUGUUCACGCAGGGGCAGGGCCAGCGCGAGCAACAGUUCCGCCUCUGGUUCGACCCCACCACCGACUUCCACACCUACUCCAUCCUCUGGAAUCCCAAGCACAUCAUCUUCAUGGUGGACGACCUGCCGAUCAGGGACUUCCGGAACCUGGAGAGCAAGGGGAUCGCGUUCCCCAAGAGCCAGCCCAUGCGGCUCUACUCCAGCCUCUGGAACGCCGACGACUGGGCCACGCAGGGGGGCCGCGUCAAGACGGACUGGUCCCACGCGCCCUUCUCCGCCUCCUACCGGGGCUUCCGGGCCGACGCCUGCGUCGCCGUCGCCGGCGGCGGGACCCGCUGCGGCGCCGCCGUCGGCACCGAGGGCGCCGCGGGCGCCGCCGCCCCCGCCCCCGCCGGCGACUGGUACAACCAGGAGCUCGACCUCACCCUGCAGCAGCGCAUGCGCUGGGUGCAGCGCAAGUACAUGAUCUACAACUACUGCACCGACCCCAAGCGCUACCAGCAGGGCCUCCCCGCCGAGUGCUCCAUGCAGCAGUAAUGCUCCUCCAUCGGCUGCUGCAAUGGCGGAUGCUAGCUGCACCACCGGAUCAUCAAUCAUCAAUCGAAGACGAAGGGCAAGGAAGAAGCAUGGGGGGGCGUCGAUCGGUCUCAUCUUCUGUGUGGUAAAUAAAUAAGGACCUGGACCUGGCAAAUUCGAUCGUGGGAACUGUAAUGCGUGCAGUAGCUGGUGGUAAAUUCCUCUGUUCUGUCCUGUUCUGUUGGUGUCAUCUUGUAAUCAACACGCCGUGUUCAUGUCCGUCUGUAAUAUACCCAAGAAAGCCAUACGUGUUCGUCACUUGCUGCU